UAAUGGCGGAGGAGGGAAUAAUAAUGGCGGCGGUUGGGGAGGAGGGAGGAGGAGGAAAUAAUAAUGGCGGCAGUUGGGGAGGAGGAAGAGGAAAUAAUAAUGGCGGCGGUUGGAGAGGAGGAGGAAAUAAUAAUGGCGGCGGUCGCGGUGGAGGAUGUCGGUACGGGUGUUGCAACAGAGGUUUACGUAGUUGCAACAGGUGUUGCUCUUACCUAGGAGAGGCGGUACAAGCUGAUGUUGGUGGAGCCAAGCCUUGAAGGUUGAGCCGAGUGGCGAGCUAGCUAGCCGCUGGCAAAAUCUAUGUACUAAUAAUUAAGAAAGAAUAAGAAAAGGCAUCCAUGGUUAUGUGUGUGAG